AUGAGUGCGCCCGACGUGAGCGGACAGGGACAGAAAAAGGCAAGAGCUCGGCGGAAGAAGGGAGAGGGAGAUGAGAAUAGCAAGCGACGGAUGGUUGUCAGCACGGCAUGCAUAGCAUGCCGCCGCCGGAAAAGCAAGUGUGACGGAAACCUACCCGCGUGUAACGCAUGCUCGCAGGUGUAUCAUACCCCAUGUGUCUUCGACCCCGGCUCGGAUCAUCGACGGAAAGGGGUCUAUCGCAAAGACAUCGACCGUCUCCAGACCCAUAACUCGACCCUCCAAACCCUAAUCCAAGCCCUCCUCAACUCCCCCGAGUCUGACGUCCCCGACCUGGUCCGCCAGAUCCGCACGUGCGAAAGCCUCGACACCGUCGCCGAGAAUAUCCUCGCCAAAGAGUAUCAACAGAAUGAGGAGGACGAAGGCGAUUCGCCGCUUAGUCAGGCGGCGGAGGCGGAACAUCCGACGUUUGAGGGGCAGCUCUCGGGGAGGAUGGGUGAGUUGCGGGUGGAUGGUGGAAACACCAGAUACAUUGGUGGGACGUCGAACCUGCUGUUCAUGAAUGUCGAAGACGAGGUCGUUCCGGCUCUGAGUGACACCGAGUAUUCCACCGAAGAGCAUCCCGCCGUUUCUUGGACGAGGGUCGUCAACAAUGUGGAAUCAAUUAGACAUCUGAUGAACAUGUAUUUCACAUGGCAUUAUACGUUCUUCACAUGUCUUUCAAAAACCCUCUUCUACCGGGAUUUCCUUCUCGGAAGGCCUCGUGGUUUACGAAGGGCGGAGCAUUGCAGCUCAUUGCUGGUCAACGCCAUGCUCUGUCUGGGAUGCCACUUCACUUCCAUCCCGGCCUCCCGCGAAGACCGAGACGACUCAGCCACGGCUGGCGAUCAUUUCUUCCAAGAGUGCAAACGCAUCCUCAUCGAGGAUGAACUGGACAAACCCAAACUCACAACAGUGCAGGCACUUGCUCUCAUGUCCGUCAGAGAGGCGGGCUGUGGCCGCGAAGAGAAAGGAUGGAUGUACAGUGGCAUGAGCUUUCGAAUGGCCCUGGAUCUUGGCCUCAACCUGGAUUCAGGGACUCUGACCUCAUUCAGAGGCGAGCCUAACCUUGAUGAGAAGGAGGAAGAUAUACGGCGAAUAACCUUUUGGGGCUGCUUUUUGUUCGACAAAUGCUGGUCGAAUUACCUUGGCCGCAUGCCACAGCUGCCAAAGUCCUUGGUCACGGUACCGAAAUUCGAAGUCUUCCCAGGCGAGGAGUCGGAAAUUUGGGCAGCGUACAGCGAUUCCGGAUUCAACCAGUCCCAUGCUCAACCAUCGAGGACGAGGGCAGUGGCUUUGCAGAUAUCGACGCUCUGUGAGAUCAGCGGCGACAUCAUGACUUCAUUCUACAACCCGAUCGAUAUCGAAAAAUCGAAAAACAAGCAAUCCGAAUUAAACAGGCUCAGUGAUCUCCACCAGAGACUCGAGGAAUGGAGACGGAACCUAGCGCCGGAAUUCCAUCCUCGAGAAGGCGGUCUUCCAAGCGUUCUGGUCAUGCACAUGUUCUUCCAACUCCUAUACAUCCAUCUCUUCCGUCCAUUCCUCAAAUACUCCCAAUCUACAUCCCCACUACCUCCCAAUAUCUCCCCACGCAAGAUCUGUACCCAAGGUGCUACGAUGAUCAGCAAGCUCUUCCGCCUCUACCGCCGAUCCCAUGGCUUACGGCAAAUCUGCAACGUCGCCGUGUAUAUCAUCCACAGCGCGUGCACCAUCCACCUAUUAAACCUCCCGGACCCGAACUCCGUCCGCGACAUCACGCACGGUGUGAAACAUCUCGAGGAGAUGGCGGAAGGCUGGUUGUGCGCUCGUCGCACGCUCGGCAUCCUGUCCGUCCUAGCACGCAAGUGGAAGAUCGUGUUACCGGAUGAAGCACAGGCGGUGCUGGUGCGCACGGAAUCGAAAUUCGGCGCUUACAAAGAAGUUCCUACGCCGGAGGCGACACAUUUGCACCUUACGAAGCUCGAACACCCUUCUCCCCCGCCCCUACCGACGGGCCAACCACUCAAUUCCACAUUAACUUCACAUCCUUCUAUGGACCUAGCCUCGCUCUACCCCAUGGCUACACUCCCCCCUCAAAUCAUCGCCAACCCCCGCAGCCUCUCAACCCACGCCUGCCGCCCAUCCGGCCAACAACACCCCCUCCCCCCUCAAUCCACCCUCGACCUUUCCUUCCCACCCCGUAUCUCCCCUGUCUCCCCCUCCACUACCGGCCCGUCCGCCGAGCCCGAAGCCAUCCCGUCGACAUCGCGCACGCACAUCAAUAGCCCGUCGGAUAUGUUCGGCGGGGUCAAUGCGCUGCUGCGUGAGACAGACUGGUGGUUCCAGGACCAGGCGCAGCUGGCGCGCGGGUUUGGGAACUGGGCGGAUGAUAUGGGUAAUGGUGAGGGGUCGAGAGGGGGGAGUCCGAGGGGGUGGUGGGGUGAUGGGGGGAUGAGGAGGGGGAGUGAGAGUGGGGGUGGAGGCGGGAAUGAGAGGGGGGGUGUUACGGGCCCCAAUGGUGUGGGUCAGACGAAUGGGAUGAACGGGGGACAGCUGAAUGGGGAGAAUGGGAAUGAGUCGGGGGCGGGGGUGGAUGGGGAGGCUAGGUUGGGGAACAUUGAUUGGAGUGCCUUGGGGUUGGGUAGUAUGGGAGGGCCGGGAGACAUGUAUAACGAGACGAACUGGUAUAGCGGUUGA